CAAGAUGAGGAAAAUGUCUAAAUACUGACGGGAGAUUGCCAUACGCUCACUUUAAUUAGGCGCAAAAAGUCAGAUAAUAGAAUCAGUAUAGGAAAAUUAAUACAGAGUGUUACGAUUGUAGGCAGGGGCGAGUGAGCGGAGAAAUCGGUAAUUAUGCACAGAGGGACACAGUACACUCUGGUGUGAAAAGAAACCAUGUGUCUCUCGUACUAUCACGUCAGAACCAGGCUGGAUGAUUACGACUACGUCAUGACUACAAAGCUGGCGAAAUCAAUACCCACCCUCAGUCGACAUCUAAAAUGGUACUGGAGAUACAUCGCUGAAUUCAAAACCAUAAUGUCUUCGUCUGGUAACCGAUUCUUCAUCAUGUGUAUCUAAAAUUAAAUGAUACAGGUUCGAAUUUACCAUUCUGUAUCAUGUAUAGAAGCUGACUCGUGUGUUCUGGUUUGGCAAACGUGAGAGCAUCGCAACUACACGGUGAUAUAAAUCCUACUGGAAACAGAUCAAUACCGCAUUUCAGAAGCACGUUCUAUCCAUGUGUAUGUGUAUGCCAAGCUUGUGAAUAGAAGAUAGAAGUGGUCAGUGCUAGACUUCAACGGUUCCUGUGUUUGGAAGCAUGAGCCAAAAUCAUACUUUCAUGAGGAGAGGAAUUUAGCGGAUAAGACAUCGUCUACAAUAUGUGGAAAAGAAGGAAACUGAAAAUCGUAAGCUUACUUAUCAGCAUUGGUUUAGUACUAACACUCUGGAUUCAAAGUAAUGAGGUUCUUGAUAACCAAUAUCUGCCUCAGAAUGUGUCUUCCUGGAAAGAUUUCCCGUCGCUGCACGUGAGCAUAAACAAUCUCCAUGGACUAAAACGACAAGUAUUUACUGUAGAUUGUGCUAAGGUAAUAGAAGGGGAUAAGGCGGAAACUGAGAAAGCAAAACACGUGAAUUUUGCAGAUAUAAAGAACAUAACUAUACCUGACAAUAUGUAUAUUGAAAUGACAAAAGACUGUGCUAAAUUUAAACGUGACCGAGGUUAUAUGGGUCUUGAAACUCUUUCAUAUGAGGAAAGAAAUUUUCCAAUCGCUUUCAGUAUUCUCCUCUACAAGGAUGUCGAUCAGUCUGAGCGAUUGUUACGGGCUAUAUACAGACCGAGUAAUAUAUAUUGUUUACAUAUAGAUUUAAGUGCAAAACAUGUUGUUCAUGAAGCAGUCCGGUCAAUAGCGAGAUGUUUCGACAAUGUCUUCAUCAGUUCAAAGCUAGAGGACGUGGUAUAUGAAGGAAUGUCAAGGCUGACCGCUGACCUUAACUGUAUGAGUGAUUUAUUAGCAGCCAAACUACAAUGGAAAUACUUCAUCAAUUUACCUAGUCAGCAAUUUCCUUUAAAAACAAACAGAGAAUUGGUGAAAAUUCUUCGUUUGUAUAAUGGUGCUAACGAUAUAGAAGGCAUCACCAAGCCUGGCCGAAUGAUGCGUGGAAGGUAUCGAACAAAGUUCAUUUUAGUUGGCAAAACUCUUCACAACACUGGCAAGAAGAAAGAAAAUCCUCCCCAUAACAUUUCUGUUGUGAAGGGAAGUGCUUAUGGUGUAUUCAGUAGAAAGUUUGUGGAUUUUAUAUUAAACGAUCAAAAAUCGAAAGACAUGUUACAGUGGCUGGGGGAGGUAAAGAGCCCUGAUGAGUAUUACUGGGCGACGCUUAACCAUGAUAAAAACAUCGAUGCCCCAGGGGGCUAUAAAGGUGUUCCAGACAAUAAACCCUGGUUAGCUACCUAUGCUAUCUGGGGUGGCGUGAGUGCUUGUCACGGCAGAUUUGUGAGAGGUGUAUGUGUUUUCGGAGCUGGGGACCUUCAAGAACUUGUUUCACGCAAAGAGAUGUUUGCCAAUAAGUUCUAUUACGACUACCAGCCUAUGGCACUCGCCUGUAUGGAAGAAUGGUUGCAAAACAAGACUUACGCUGGACUACCGUUCGAAACUUAUUACUAUAAAAACUUACCAUUUCUUAUACCUGAUGAAAAAAAACGACAGUAUUAAGAGGAUUUAAAGUUUGUGUACGAUUGUUAAGUAUUAUGUUAUUCUAACGUUAUUUGAAGGUAUCGGUGCGAACUUCUAAGAAGUUUUUUUUAUAUUCGGUGCUCUCUGGAAUUAUUUUUUUACAACGAAGUUAAAAGAGAAAGCUUUCCACCAAAAUAUAUGAUAAGAGCGAUGUUUUCAAUUUUCCUAUUGUUAAUUUUCCAUUUUGGAAUAGAAACACGUCUGCAUCCCCAUGUUAUAAUAUUUACAUGUCGAAAAUUAUUAUCACAAUUUAGUGCAAGAUGGCGGCAACUGAAGGACAUAAUCACAAUACAGAGUAUAGAGAGCUGAUGAAGUACGGUUUUCUUAAUGAUCAUUCGGGAAUGUGAUGUAACCGGACUGACAACGAUUUAUGUGGCGGGUAUCGUCAAAGAACAAAAGACGCUUCUCAUUCUGGAACAUUAAGUCUCAUUUUCUUUGUUCUUUUCCAGGACAAUCGUUCUUAUGUUCAUAUUUUGCCGUUUUUAAUCUAACUUGGAUUAAGAUUCAGUAGACAUAUUGGAUUAAAGAAAAUAAUAGCUUCGAAAACUUUAUUAAUGUGAACUGAAAUAUGUCUCCCUUUUAGGUUGAAUUGUGAAUUUAACAAAAAUGUACGUGCGUAUUGGAAUCCUAUCUGUCUGGAAACAUUGUUGAUGGCUGCGACCAUGGACGUCAACGAUAUAUAUAAUAGACAUAGAUUAUUAACCCUGUCGUUUAAACUUAGUUCAACACGGCGUGGUUUAAACUAACUUCAUAAAGCAAUCAGAAUCAGUUAUAACAUAUGUAAUAUCGGAAAUUACGUGCGUUACGUGUCUAUUACUUUAGAGAGGAUUGAGCUGGAAUUUAAACAGACAGCAAGUCAUACUUCUGAUGCGGUCAGGUCCUAAUGUUUUAAGCAUAGGGCACCAUGAGUUUUAGACAUAUGAGUAACACAUUAAUCGGUAGUUCUUUUUGAAACCCUCUGAUUCUGAAGGCCUAAGAGAACGGAAAUGGAUCAAAUCUGUGAAAAAAAAGUUCUAGAAUUUCAUAAGCACUAAGUACAUCCACAAGACAUUUUUCUGAAGUUUUUACAUGUUUUUUUUUACAAUAAAACGCUGUUUCGUAAGUUACAAUUAAGUGACGUGAAGUAUUCGAUAAAAAUGGCGGGAAUAUACGAAGAAACGACCCAUGCACGGAAGAAUAUUUGGCGCGAAAGUACGUGACAGUCAAAUCAAUAAAUUGGCGGUAUCAAACGGGAGAAAAUAUUUGUCUAGGUUUCGGGUAUCUCUCCCAAAAAAAUCCUGAAUCUGGAAAGAAACCAUACUGUAGAUGUUGGGGCAAGGAAUGCCUUGCAACUGUGACUUUUGUCUUGUUUCACAUCGGUAAUACAGAUGCUGAUAUGAAAAUAUUUCCUGUACCUAACAAAUGCGCAUAUGUUUUAAUGUUCGUUGUCAGCCAUCCUCGGCCGAAGGUGAAAAUCGCAACAUCGCUUAUCUAAACAGGCGAUAGUGCGAUUUUCACCUGGGCCGAGGAUGGGGUCAGCAGGCUGAUCGCAAUCAAUGUUAGGAAUCUAUUCUGUUCCGCUUUGAUAAUUUCGCCCUAGUAAUAAUGAGAAUGCAUCAAACGAAGAUGAGAAUGUUGAAGAACAUCAUUUACGGACGCGAGCAGCAGUUCUUCUACAAAUUCACCAUAAAAUGAAUCCAAGGAGACUGGUCAAGGACACGGAAAGAUGAGCGGUUUCUAAGUCGCUUGAUUAAUUACAGAAGAACAGCAGUGUUCACCGCUAAAGAAAACAUUUAUAUCUUGGGAGGAAGAGAAACGAUCUUCAUUGAUAGAACAUUAAAAUUCUUUCCUGUUCUCUACACGUAGUUCAUAACCGUCUGUGGUAAACACUCCGGACAAGUACUUUGUUCUUGCACUAGUUAUUGCGUUCUCGAUGGAAAACCUUUGGGAUAUUAUCUUCUUCUACAUGAAGUUAGUUCCAUUUAUGAAUGGUCAGCAAGACAAAUUCUGAGCGUUCGACUACAGCGGGCGGAAGAAGCUUACGUCAUUGGUUUUCUUAUUUUUACGUUCAAUAAUUGAUUAUAAGGCAGUGGUUAAUUCGGUUACUUAAUUCAAGUUUCCUUUUGACGACAAAACAGUAAAACUAGGCAACCAAAGCGCUAUUUAAUUUCAAAAGAAUUUCAAAUGUAAUUUUGGUCACUACCUUUUUCAUUUCAUACAGUGUGUAUGUUUUAUAAAUGAUUCCACUAUGAACAGCUACCAUGGCAAGCUAGUUAGACUUGUAAAUAAACCACAAAGACUCAAUAUGAAUUGAAAUUGGCUGUUUUUAUUAACGACAUUUAUAUAUAUACAUAUAUACAUAUGUCUAUUUACUACAAGUUACGUUGUAGCUGACCUUUCAUGUUACUAUUUCUUGUCACGGUUCAGUAUUAUUGGCACGUAGGCUGGACAGUUGUCAACGACUAAGACCGUAUAGGAUUUAUUUUAUGUUUUCUCUGUAUGUUAACAUGUUCUAUGUUCUGCUUUCUCCUCUCUUUCGGACAGGCCUUUCAUCAGUCAACGCUACGCCACUGGGUUUCAAUACGGAUGCUGUGAUAAAUAAGAUGAAACGCAUUUAUAUGUGUUCCAUCGCAUUUCCUGCAUUAUCUGACGAGACUAUGCGGCGUGGUGUUAUCUUGUCUUUUUUGUCAGUGUUAGUACUAACGAUAUAACUAUUCUUAGUGCUAAUUGUCAGGGUUUAGGUGAUAGACUCAAAAGAAAAGACAUCUUCACAUAUCUAAAAAAUCAAUCGUAUAAUAUUUUUGUCUGCAAGACACGCAUUUUUCUAAGGAGAAAGAACAUCUUUUUAGAAGUGAGUGGGGUACAAAAUGUUUUUUAACUCUUACAAAUCUAACGAUAAAUAACAAUUUUGAGUUUAAAGUUCAUAAAGAAAAGAGGGAUAACACGGGGAAUUUUUUAGCUUUGGAUAUUACCAUUAAAAGUUCAAGACUGACUCUUAUUACUAUAUAUGGUCCGAACCAGGAUAACCCAGACUUUUAUAAUAUCAUUUCCGAUACUAUUGAUGAUUUCGAAAACAAUUCGAUGAUAUUAUGUGGUGAUUUUAAUUUAGUGUUAAACCCAGAGUUUGAUUAGGAUAAUAACUAUAAGAAUAUAAAUAACCCAAAAGCUAGGCAUAAGGUCUCAUCGAUAUUUUUCGAGAACAGCACGAGAAUUGUAAAAGAUAUACCUGGAGAAUGAGCAACCCAGUAAAACAAGCCAGGCUAGAUUUUUUCCUGCUUUCUUCUAUUAAGAAUUCUUUUAUAGACCCAGGGUAUAAAUCAGACCACUCCUUUCCUAAAAUUGAAAUAGAAUUCAACAAGUUUAAGAGAGGGAAGGGCUUUGGAAAAUUAAUAUCUCAUUGCUUCAAGAUAUAGAAUAUCUCAGUACUAUAAAUUCUCUUAUUAAUAAAGUUAAAAUGCAGUACUGUUUACCUGUUUAUAACUUUGAUAAUCUUUUAGAAAUAUCGGAUGCUGACUUAUAAUUUACUGUUAAUGACCAGUUAUUUUUGGAAGUUCUUUUAAUGGAAAUAAGGGGGAAGACGAUAGCAUAUUCGAGUUUGUUAAGAAGCAGCGAAAUCUCAGGGAAGAAAACUUUAAGAAAACUAUAAAAGAAUUACAAGAUAGGGAUAAUGUUGAUUUAAAUGACUUAGAAGAUAAGAAAAAAGAACUUGAAGCAAUGAGAUUACAUAAUAUAAGGGGUAAUAUUAUUAGAUCAAGGGCAAAAUGGUAAAACAGACAAAGUGAAAAAAAAUGUUAUAACUUAAGAAUACUUAGAGGGGGGUUUGAAAAUGGUAAAUAUUAAUUAUUUUAUAGAUGCUCUAAAAUUAGGAUGGAUGAAGAGAUUUUUUUUGAAGUUCACAAUUUAGAAAGUGGCAAGUUAUACUUAAGAGUUUUUUUAAUGUUGACUAUAUUAUAAAUUGUGGAACUGAUUAUUCACAUAUGUGUCAAAGAGCGAGCAAAAAUUUAUUUUGGUGUGAUGUCUUAAAAGCAUGGAAAAAACCAUUGAACUCUGACUCUCUAAAGGGCAGACAACUCUCUUUGUUGAAAACACCUGUUUGGUAUAAUCCUAAUAUAACUAUUGGUGGAAAGUCUACUUUUUACCAUAAUUGGUUCGUUAAGGGCAUUAGAGUGGUUAACGAUUUGCUGAAAACUACAAAUCCUGUCACUUUUUACUCUUAUCAGGAAUUUUCACAGAAAUACAGUGUAUUUACAAAUUUUCUUCAUUUCCAAGGUAUUAUCAACUCUGUGAAAUUAUUCAUUACUGGCAAACCUAUUGAUCAGGACACACAUCUUUUACUCCCCUUCAUUCCUUUGAACAUAGAGCCUUUCUUCAAUAAAGCUUAAGGAACAAAACAUUUAUAUAAUAUUUUAUCAAAGAAUGAUGAAAUUCCAACUGGGAGAAAAAAAUGGGCUAAUGAUUUUCACUUUGAUAAUUCUGACUGGGCAAAUAUUUUUUCAUUACCUUUUAAAAUAACAAAAGAUUCAAAACUUCAGUGGUUCCAGUAUAGGAUUUUACAUAAUAUGCUGACAACUAAUUCAAUACUUUUCAAGGCAAACAUAGUGUUAAGCCCUCUUUGUAUAUUUUGCAAAUCAGAGUCCGAGACCAUAUCUCACAUAUUCUGGGAAUGUCAAAAAGUACAAAACUUACUACAGAGUCUUGGGACACUUUUAGAUGCUUUUUAAAUUCCUUUUACUAUUAAUAAACAAUCUUUAAUAUUUGGUUUUUGGCCAAUUAGACACGAAUUUAGUAGAAUAGAUAAUGAAAUUAACAUCAUCAUUAAACACUAUAUUUAUAAAACUAGAUGUUUUGAUACCACAUUAAACAUACAUUCACUAAUAAACUCUUUCAAGGACCACCAUAAUGUCCAAAAGUAUAUAGCAAUAAAAAAAAAGGGUGGUACUUUUCUUGAUAAUUUUAACAAAGAAUGGGGAAAAUGGAAAAAGAUUCUAAUUUUUUAAUAAGAAUAGAAAUAUAUUAUCAACCUAACUCUGACAGUUGGGCUCACUUUAAUUUUUUAUUUUCUUAUUAAGUAAUGCUGUAGUCAAUUUUAAUCUCAAUUAGUUUCUACCUUUGUUGCUGGAAGGUCUGUCUAUCUGUCUCUACCUUACCCUAACUGAUGACUCUUACACAGGUUUGAUAUUUCUCAUUAUACUUCAGGGUGUUUGUUUUGUCUUUGUAUAUGUCUUUGUUGUCUAACUUGUCAAUAUAUCUCCCUCCCUCUGUCUGUCUGUCUUGUCUUGUUUUGUCUUGUCUUGUCUUGUUUUGUCUUGUCUUGUCUGUGUGUCUGCUACUUGUAACUGUCCACGUAUGUCUCUAUUCUUUUCUGUCAUAUAACAUGACACAGACAUUAUUGAAUAUUCACUUCACUUUAAUUUCAUUAAAACAUGUAUGAUCAUCGGGGUGUGAACGUAUGUAAGCAAGGAAUAUAUAGGCUGACUAGUAUGAAUGUGGCUGAUUAAUAUAAAAUGUCUAUGCAUGUUUAGAAAACUGGAAUAAAUGAUCUUUUUUCUGUA